AUGGCAGGAACUGGACCGAUGACUCAGGACUGGGAGCCGGUGGUGAUCCGUAAGAGAGCCCCCAAUUCUGCCGCCAAACGCGACGAGAAAACUGUCAACGCCGCUCGUCGUUCCGGCGCCGAUAUCGAAACCGUCCGAAAAUACAAUGCUGGAACCAACAAGGCAGCAUCAAGCAGCACUUCACUCAACACAAAGACGCUUGAUGACGACACUGAGAACCUUACUCAUGAGCGUGUGCCUACGGAGCUUAAGAAAGCUAUUAUGCAAGCCCGCACUGAGAAGAAGCUAACCCAGUCCCAACUUGCUCAAAUCAUCAAUGAGAAGCCACAAGUGAUCCAAGAGUACGAGUCUGGUAAAGCUAUCCCCAACCAGCAGAUCCUUUCUAAGCUAGAGAGAGCUCUUGGUGCUAAGCUUCGUGGUAAGAAGUGAUCAUCAAGUCCUGAAAGAUGAACAAAUCUUAUUCGCUCUUUCACUUUGCUUAAUGACUAUGUUCAUGUAAUGUCGUCAACUCUGCCAAGGGUAAUCUUUUCUCAUGUAAGAAUGAUAAACCUUUUAAACUUUUGCUUAAUCAUUUACUCUUUUUAUAAACAUAUAUUAUAGAAAUAACACACAGUUUGAC